GCUGAUACCGGCAUUCUGUGAAACAGUAGGCACAUACCGACAACGGCGGCGACAUGGAACUUAACUACAUCGCUGAGGCACAUCAGCAACCAAUAAACAAGAAAUGUUGAUCGAAAGAAGAUUUACGCAACGGAGCGACGGAAACAGAGCUGAUAAAGCUCAGGCCGGAACGGAUCGGCGAUGUAGUCAUCAUUCAACCUCUCGCGUCCAGUCAACAGAUCCAAGGCACCCCACUCCCAGCCAUGCCGGCGCCGCCAGCGAUUCGUGAUCCGUUCAACUUUGUGUUCAUCACCAUGUUCCUGUUCGGCAUCGCUUCCCUCCUGCCGUGGAAUUUCUUCAUCACUGCCGAUGACUACUGGAAGUACAAGUUCCGCAACGUUUCAGCAAAUGAGAGUGUCGUGACAGGAAAGACAGAACUUCAAGCUGUGUUUCCCAGCUACUUGGCCAUAGCGAGCAAAGUACCUUAUAUCUUUUCCUUGGCACUCAACACGUACCUUAGCCGGAGAGUGCAGCCAGCGCGCAGGAUUGGUUGGCCCCUAUUUGGAUGCGCUGUACUGUUCGUAGUGACGGCUGUCUUGGUCAAGAUAAAUACUGACUCACAUCAAAUGGAAUUUCUGGGAGGGACAUUAGCCAUUGUAGUACUAAUAAACUUAUGUUCUGGCUUCCUGCAAGGCGGAGGUACGGGUUUGGCAGGAUGCUUUCCUGUGAGGUACAUGGCAGCAAACGUCUACGGACAGGCUGUGGGCGGCGUGUUUGCUACGGUAGCGCAGAUAUUGUGCUUGAUGAGUGACGUAUCUCCCACGACGAGUGCCUUGCUCUAUUUCAUUUUGGCCGUCCUAACACUUAUCUUAACCCAGGUCUGCUUUGGAGUGCUCCUGAAAACUCAUUUCUACAAGUACUACAUUGGCACGCAGACAGUGUCGUAUGUGGACUUCGCUAAUAAUUGUACAAAAGAGAAAACAUCAUUGUGGCACAUCUUCAAAGGGGGCUGGAUGUUUUUCACCUCUAUCGUACUCAUUUUCUGGGUCACCCUUUCCAUCUUCCCCACCAUCAUGGUUCUAGUCGUCUCCACACACGCAGACAAUGGUUCAACUAUCACCAACAAAUUCUUCAUACCACUAUCGUGCUUCAUGAUGUUCAAUAUAAGUGAUCUCAUUGGAAGAUUCAUCUGUGCCUAUCUACCGAUGAGCGCCACUUGGAAGAAAACAAUAUUAGUCAGUUGCUUGGCGAGGGUCGUCUUCGUACCCCUUUUCCUGCUGUGCAACGCCCACCCGCGGCAGCAUCUUCCAGUCCUGUUCAAUAGUGACCUCGCAUACGUCAUUUUCAUGUGCCUCUUCGGGCUCUCUAAUGGUUAUCUCACCAGCAUUACGCUUACAUACAGCUCAAAGUCUGCCACGCCAGAAAAUCAAGAAACUGCCGGAUCUAUGGCAGCUGUCUUCUUGGGCUUAGGACUCAUGCUAGGUUCUGUGUCUUCUUACGCCACGGUCAAGCUUCUCUAAAUUCGCCGUAAUCUUGUGUGCAUGUCAAGUUUCCAGUUGGUCUGUGGAACCAUCUCAGCAAACCUUGGGACUGUUUGGGACACGGUUGUCUAAAAUCGCCAGCCCGUGGCGGAGCGAUCCCCUAUGCUCAACUGCUCUCCCUAGCAGACGACGCAGAUUCUGCUAUGGUUCUCUCCCCCAACGGGUGUCGGUGCGUUCCUCCCCUCGGAGACUGUAUUAGUAUAAUGUAUAGCACGACCUACUAGAUUAUAACGACCAUGUCAUAAGCACCUCUUCCCUGCGCCGCAUUUAGAAGCUAGCGGUGGCGCUACUCAUCGGCCCGGUUAUUGCUUACUCAAUUUCUGCAAUACUUUGUACUUCAACGUACCUUAGUAUUUUUGCAUAAGCCGUGGAUGUCUCACGGGGGAUGCUUCUUUCUAAAGUUCAUUAUCAUCAUCAUUCUACGCCUUUUCAUAGGAGAUAUUGCUGUCGUCUGCUACGGCAGUCAUGCGUCCGCUUCUGCGCGUUCAGAAUUCAAAUUUCCAUUGUCCAGUCAUGAUGUAGCUGUCGCGGGCCGAUGAGUGGCGCCCCUAGCGGAUCGUGCGGUCGGGACGGGCUCCUCAUAGGGGUUGCCGAUUAUGACAUGGUCGUUAUAAUCUAGGAGGUCGCGGUGUAUAGUUCCUUCGAGCGCGACAUCGCCAAUAGGGGACUGCUCGGCAACGGGCUGGAGAUUUUAGACAACCGUGUCCCAAACAGUACCUACGUAGUACUUCAUUCGGAGUCUCACGCUGUCCCGACCCAAAUUAAGCAUGCAUUUCGAACCCGAUUAUUUCGAAUGUCUCGCUUAGCUAGUACGAAGGGCGAGCCAGUAAAUGCACAUGCGUCAAAUCCUGCUCAUGUCUUUCUCUCUCUCCCUCAUUUGUACAAAAUUAAAGGACUACCAAGGUCGUCAUCCCCAUCAA